AUGUUACCGGUGGGACUCAUCCAGCUGGUGCUGGUAGCACUGACGCUGGUUCCCGUGGUGCGUUGGUUCCAGAAACGCUUCCAAAUGAGCAGCGUGUUGGACAAAAUACCCGGCCCUAAGGCGUACCCGAUCGUCGGCUCGAUGUAUCCGUUCAUUGGCAAAAAGUCUGAAGAAAUUUUCUACAUUAUUGACCAGCGGACACGCGCCUACCCGGGAAUCCAUCGAAUCUGGAAUGGUUCCACACCGGAGGUUCGCAUCAAUCGGGCCGAGUACGUCGAGAAGCUGCUCUCGUCCAGCCGGCACAUCGAGAAAUCGGCGAUGUACAAAUUCCUCUCAGCCUGGCUCGGUCAGGGGCUGCUCACGUCGAAAGAUGAUCGAUGGUUUCAGCACCGGCGGCUCAUCACGCCGACGUUCCACUUCAACAUCCUGGAUGGGUUUUGUGAGGUGUUCGCGGAACAUAGCGCUCAGCUGGUGAACCAGCUCGCCGAGGUGGCCCAAGGUGACCGAACGCCCGUCAACGUGUACCCGUUCAUCACGCGAGCAGCCCUGGACAUCAUAUGCGAGACGGCCAUGGGCGUGAAGGUGCACGCGCAAACGAGCGGCCGGGACAACCCGUACGUGGCUGCGGUGUACGACCUGAGCGCUCAGAUCCAGUACCGGGUGGUGAGGCCCUGGUUGCAUCCGGAUUUCGUGUGGAAUCGCUCACGGACAGGUCGCCAGUACCGGGAGGCACUCGAGCAGGUGCACGGAUACGCGAGCAAGGUGAUCCGGGAGCGUCGUGCGGAACUGCAGCAUAACCGGGCUGGAAUUGUGGAACCAACGGAGGGACGUAAACGACGACUGGCCUUUUUGGAUAUGCUGCUCGAAAGCACCGCCCAGAGUGGCGUUGGGUUGAGUGAUGAUGAUGUCCGGGAAGAAGUGGACACGUUCAUGUUUGAGGGCCACGAUACGACAGCGGCUGGUAUGAGCUGGGCGUUGUUUCUGCUCGCACUUCACCCGGAGGUGCAGGACCGCGUGCAGCAGGAAAUUGAUUCAAUCUUUGCCGGGAGCGACCGACCGGCCACGAUGCGGGAUCUGAACGAGAUGCGGCUGCUCGAACGAUGCCUCAAGGAGACGCUUCGACUCUACCCAUCCGUGUCGUUCUUUGGGCGGACACUGAGCGAAGAUGUCACUUUCGGAGGUUACCACGUUCCGUCCGGGACCAUCGUAGGUGUGCAUGCAUACCACGUGCAUCGGGACGAACGGUACUUUCCCGAUGCGGAACGCUUCGAUCCGGACCGGUUUCUACCGGAGAACACCGAAAAGCGUCACCCGUACGCGUACAUCCCGUUCAGUGCUGGACCACGGAACUGCAUUGGGCAGAAAUUUGCUCUGCUCGAGGAGAAGAGCGUCGUGUCGGCGAUUCUGCGCCGGUUCCGGGUAAGGUCGGUCCGGACACGCGAGGAACAACUGAUACAGCACGAGCUGAUCACUCGUCCGAAGGAUGGCAUAGAGUUGUAUCUGAUUCCACGGGACGUCCAGUGCGCACCCUGAAUGUCAAGCAGCCGCAGACCGGGAGGGAUGCUUUCAACGAUGGUGCCGAGCUAUUGCGGUUUGACGCCCGAAUGGCCCCCGUGACCGGAAGUAUCGGAAAUAUGACGAGUGCUUCACAAAGGGAGUGCACUUGUUGGGAGGAACUUUUUAAACUAGUUUGCUCGGUGACAAACCUAGUCAUAUGUCAGGCUUACCUUAUUUCCGUGUGCCAUUUGGGCUUUGUUUGAAAUAACUGGAAAAUUGGGAAAAUGGGUGUUUUUCACGAUUUAUGAGCAAUUUGAAAGAAGUGAACUCCUACUGAUUGAGCUUUGUUAAGGAGCAUUAAAAGUAUUUUCAUC